GCUCAGCUGGACCCACAAACACCCCACAGACCUCCAUCAAGGCUGACUGGCGGAGAGCACAGGAUGGCAGAUUUUGAGCUGUUUGCAUACCAGAAGGAAGUGGUUGAAAGACCUCUGAAGAGAGAAAACAUCAUAAUUUGGCUGCCAACAGGAGGAGGAAAGACCAGAGCUGCUGUCUAUGUGGCCAAAAGGCACCUGGAGACCACUGCCAACGCUAAGGUGGUGGUCCUGGCCAAUAAGAUCCACCUUGUGAACCAGCAUUACGCCAACGAGUUUAAGCCUUUCCUGGGAAACCAGUAUAAACUUGUGAAGGUGAGCGGAGACAGCGAGGAGAAGGAUUUCUUCGGGAAAGUGAUUCAGAGCACACAUGUCAUCAUCUGCACAGCGCAGAUCCUUCAUAACGCUAUGAUCAACGAGGAGGAGACGAAGCACACCGAGCUGUCAGAUAUAACUCUGCUGAUAAUCGAUGAGUGUCACCACACCCAUAAGGAGGAAGUCUACAACAAAAUAAUGAGGUGCUACGUGGAGAAAAAGCUGAACGGAGAGCAGAGGUUGCCACAGAUCCUGGGUCUCACAGCCUCACCUGGGACAGGUGGUAUGAAGAACCUGGAAGAUGCUGUGAAUCACAUUCUGCAGAUCUGCGCUAACUUGGACUCAACCAUAGUGUCAACUAAGAACUGUGUUCCUGAGCUGAAGAAGAACGUACCCAAACCCAGAAAAACGUUUGACAUUGUGGAGAAACGGCAGGCUGAUCCGUUUGGAGAUCAUCUGAAGCGGAUGAUGCAGCAGAUCCACGACUACAUGAACCUCCCUCCUGACGUCCAGCUGAGAGUGUGCGGCACACAAGAAUACGAGACAGAUGUGGUGAAGCUGGAGAAGCGAGGAGUUCAUAACAACAGCAGAGUCCUGGCUCAGUGUGCGCUCCAUCUCAGAGAGUACAAUGAUGCCUUGCUCAUCAACGACACUCUUCAAAUGCUGGAUGCUUAUCAAUCCCUGGAGGACUUCUACAACACAAAGCUCACAACGGCCAUUGACGAAACGGACAAUUACCUAGAGAGACUUUUCCAAGAGAAUCAGGUGGAGCUGAAGGAUCUAGCCUCAAACCCUUGCUUUGACAACCCCAAAAUGGCCAAACUGGAGAGUGUUCUGUUGAAUCAGUUCGGUUCAGGAGUCCCAUCUAAGGGAAUCCUCUUUUGUAAAACCCGUAAAAGCACCCACUGCCUCAACAGCUGGGUCCGCCAGAACAGUGCCUUGAAGAGAGCUGGCGUCAGGGCAGCUAUCCUCACUGGGGCCGGUAAUAGCAUCAAUCACAUGACGCAGAAUGAGCAGGUGGACACCAUCUGCAACUUUCGCCAGGAUAAGCUCAACCUCCUGAUCUCCACCAGUGUGGCUGAAGAAGGCCUGGACAUUCCUGAAUGCAACCUGGUGGUCCGUUAUGGACUCCUUACAAACGAGAUUGCCCAGCAACAGGCCAGUGGACGUGCUCGAGCAAAAGACAGCCAAUAUUCAGUUGUUGCUCAAGCAGGAGGACAGGAGGUCCGCAGAGAGCGCAUCAACGAGGCCCUGGAGGAGCUGACCGAACAAGCUAUUGCUAAGGUCCAGAGUAUGGAUGACGAGGAGUUUCGCAGAACGAUAAACAAACUUCAGACAGAUGCCGUCCUUCACACUGCACUUUUAAAGGAGCAACAAAAGGAGAGGAGAAAUCGCUACCCAGCUUCCAGAGUCCAGCUCCUGUGCAGAAACUGUUUUAAAUCAGUGGCCUCGGCAGAUGACAUCAAACUUCUUGAGAAUUCACACUUUGUUAACAUAAAUUCAGACUUUAAAACUUAUUACAAGCGUGGUGAAGAUGUGUUUUUUCCAAAAACGUUUGAGAACUGGGAGCCCGGAUGCAGAGUCGUUUGUAAUUACUGCAACACGAAGUGGGGAUUUGAGAUGAAAUACAAAGACUGCGUCAUCCUGCCGAACAUGAGCAUUAAAAAUUUUGCCCUGGAGACACCAGCUGGAAGGAUGACUGUGAGGAAGUGGAAAGAUGUUCCUUUCAUGGUUGAAGAGUUCAGCUUUGAAGAGUACUGCCUCAACAACAUCCCUAACUUGUAUGAUUAAAGCUCAGAUAAGCUCAGCGCUAACCUCUCAG